AUGCCCAAGGACUACCCUAAGGCCAUCCUGGAGGCAGAGCAACUUUCCUCCCUGGAAGAUAUUCUGGUGGAGGAGAUGUGCCAGAGCCAGGAAAGGGGGAUCCACUUUACUGGCGUUCAUUUCAGGAAUGGAAUGAUGCUGGUCGAUUGUGGAUCCCAGGGAUCUGCGGAAUGGAUUAUAAAAUCAGUUCCGCAGCUGAAAUCUUGGAAGGGACCCGAGUUGGUGGUGCUAAGGGGAGACGACAUCCCCAAGCCCACCAACAUUACGGUAUUCUUUCCAAGAAGCCAAGAAAUGGAGCCUGAGAAGAUCCUCAGACUCGUGGAAGUUCAGAACUCCAACCUCAAUAUUGGGGCAUGGAGAAUUCUGAACUCCAGGAAGGAGGGCAAGGGAACAGUCCUCACGAUUGGGAUUGAUCCCCAAACAGAGAAAACCCUGAAGGCAGGGGGAUGUUGCCUAAACUUCCGGUUUGGGCUCAUCCCAGUCUCAGGGUUAAAAAGUAAGGAGGUUUCGGUGGAUGUGGAGAUGCCCUCCACAUCCCGGGAACCCGAGGUGCAGGGAGAAGGGGCAGACUCAAGUCUGGGGCAAGCUGUUGGCUCUGCCGGGGCGCCUAUGGCGGCGGAGAUUCCCUCUGCCGCCCUGGCGGCUGGGCGCAGCUGUCAGCUGCCCGUGAGAGCCUUCUCGGAUUCCGAAAGGGAAGAACACCUUAAGGAAUCGGAGGAGGAACAGGAGGAGAUGGAGGAGGGGACGUAAAGGGACGGGGUAACCAACGUCCCUCACCCCAAAACAACCACUGCAUCUUCUCGAAGGUCGUGCAAGUGAACCUGCAUCACGCGAAGGGUUCUUCAGCAGUGGUUGCAAGGUUAUUUGCGAGGUUGCAAUUAGGCAUUGCUCUGAUCCAAGAACCCUGGAUCAACAAAGAAGGCCAAAUCUCAGGAUUGGCAUGCAAAGAUUCUAAACUGAUUUAUGACCAGAGGCAGAAUACAUGUCUCGGGACCUGAUUCCAAUCAUGGUACACCUCAACGUUGGGGGCAUUGACCGGGACAUCGUCAUAGCAUCUGCAUACUUCGCUGGAGAUGGGCCAAUUAC